UAGAGACUACAGUACGCAUGCGCAGUUGUUGUUCUUCCUCUCGGUACAACUUUCUCGCCAUGGCUCCACUGAGGAGGCAAGUCGUGCCAAGCAAAGGUGGCAAGAAAAAGAAGCAAUUGCUGAAGUUCACUCUGGACUGUACUCACCCUGUAGAGGAUGGCAUCAUGGAUGCAGCCAACUUUGAGCAGUUCCUUCAGGAGCGCAUCAAAGUGAACGGCAAAGCCGGAAACCUCGGCGGAGGAGUCAUAACUAUUGAGAGAAGCAAAAGCAAGAUCACAGUUUCUUCUGAGGUUCCCUUUUCCAAAAGGUACCUGAAGUAUCUUACGAAGAAGUACUUGAAGAAGAACAACCUUAGAGACUGGCUACGUGUUGUGGCUAAUACGAAGGAAAGCUAUGAACUUCGCUACUUCCAGAUCAACCAAGAUGAGGAGGACGAAGAGGAUGAAGAUUAAACUGUUUUCUUUUGUACGUUUAAAUAAAUACAUUUAACAAUCA